AGUGGUUCAGUGCCAAUAGCGAAUAGUUGGCCGUGAGCGAGUAAUUGGGCAGGGAGGAAAGAAAGAGGAGAGAGAGGAUUCGCUGUCGGACAUGCUUCGGUGAGAUGAUCAUCCGAUCUCGAAUUCGUAGCUUGAUGAUGGAUCAUGAUGGCGAUAUUGGGCGGGGAAAUGCUUGAAUAGGAAGGUGGUGAUCAGGAUUGUAAGCAGCCAACUUCAGCGUCUACCAAACCAAACUCGUCUUGUAUUUAUCUCAAACAAAAAACAACGAACAUGUCUAACGCCGCGACAAAGCCGGUCAUCGUCAUUGUGCCUGGAGCCUGGCACGUACCUGCACAUUACGCUUACCUCGCACUGAAACUCAACUCUAUCGGCUAUACUGUUGAUUGCUUGGAGUUGUCUUCUACCAACGAUGAGAAAGACUUGCCGGAAAACACAUGGAUAGAAGAUAUUAACAUCAUUCGUAAUGCUAUCACAUCGCACACCGAGGCUGGCAGAGAUGUGGUAGUCGUGAUGCACUCGUUUGGUGGCAUGACAGGCUCGGAAGCAGCAUGUGGAUUGGGCAAGAAGGAGAGUGAGACAUCUGGUGCAGUUGUCAAGCUCAUCUACAUGACCGCGUUCAUGAUCCAAGAGGGUCAAACACGUGCAAGUCUCGGAGUAGGUGAUGACUGGCCCGAAAUCGCUGAACUCGAUGAUCUAAAGAAUCCCAAAGCUCUCAUCCCUUUGGACCCAAAGCAUUUCUUCUACCACGACGUGCCAGAACAAAAGACCCAACGUGCACUGGACAAUCUUGGUGGAUGCCCUUUGUCCCACGUGAUGAACACUCCGACAAAGGUCGCCUGGCGCGAGAUCCCGACUGCUUAUCUUAUCUGUGAAGAUGACAGGGCCUUGACUUUCAAUGGUCAGAAGCAGUUGAUCGAUGCUGUCAAGGCUCAGGGCGUGGAGGUGGAAGUUGCGAGUCUGAAGGCUAGUCAUAGUCCCUUCCUGAGCAUGCCUGGCGAAACAGCCAAGGCUAUCCAUGAAUUUUUGGAGAAGGCUUGAUGGACUGUGGCUUCCUGAGUUGAAGGAAGGCAUAAUGUCGAGGUCGAUUUGAGGAAGUAGCGGGUUCCUCCGUUGUAUGUAGGCGCCUUCCAUUGCGACGAUCCAAUUCAUCUUCGACUCUUUCAAUCCC